CUGGUGAUGGAGCCUGCAAAACACUUCAGUUCAUACACGUUGCUUUGGAGUCUUUGCAAGAGACAAGGCCUGGUGUGUUGGUCUGAAACAUGAUAAUACUUAGAUGUCCUGGAAUAACAUUCCCGAGAAUGUCCAUAUGCUAAUUCCUACUCCAGAUAAAGACGAUGAUCCAGUUAGCCUUGAUUACUCUCGCUUUAUACAUCUGAGUGUUGUUCCAACCAGAGCCACCCCAUUACCAGCUCUAGGCUGGGCAAACAGGGACGACGUAUGGAAAAACAUGAUAAACAAAGAAGAGACCUAUGUGAGAGAUAAACUUUAUCUGCAAAGGCACCCUCAGCUGCAACCUAAAAUGAGGACAAUCCUUCUAGACUGGCUAAUGGAGGUUUGUGAAGCCUACAAGCUUCAUAGAGAAACUUUUUAUUUAGCACAAGAUUUCUUUGAUCGGUUUAUGGCAACGCAACAGGAUGUUGUAAAAACACUAUUGCAGCUUAUUGGUGUCACUUCUUUAUUCAUAGCAGCAAAACUUGAGGAAAUUUAUCCACCAAAGUUGCACCAGUUUGCCUAUGUUACAGAUGGAGCCUGUACAGAAGAUGAAAUCAUUAGUAUGGAGUUGAUCAUUAUGAAGGCUCUUAACUGGAACUUAAAUCCACUGACAGUUGUAUCGUGGCUAAAUAUUUACAUGCAAGUUGCAUAUUUAAAUGAGCUUUACGAGGUAAUGCUGCCACAAUAUCCUCAGCAAAUAUUUGUACAAAUAACAGAGCUCUUGGAUCUCUGUGUGCUGGAUAUUGGCUGCUUGGAAUAUACAUAUGGAAUACUUGCAGCUUCUGCUUUGUAUCACUUCUCUUCAUCUGAGCUGAUGCAGAAGGUUUCAGGCUAUGAAUUCUGUGAGAUAGAGGAAUGUGUGAAAUGGAUGGUCCCGUUUGCGAUGGCUCUGAGGGAAGUUGGAAGCUCCAAACUCAAACACUUUAGUGGAAUAGCUCCCGAAGAUUUGCACAAUAUACAGACGCACAUAAACAGCUUUGAUUUGCUGGACAGAGCUCAAGCAAAACAAGCCAUAUUGGCUGAGCAAAAUAGGACUUCACCUUUCCCUACUGGUGUCCUUACACCACCACAAAGUAGUAAGAAACUGUCUUCUGGACUACCAUCAAUAUGACUUUAGAAACUGUUGACAAACAGUUUUGCUGAAGUGCCUGUUCUGCUGGUUUUCACUCCUGCUCCAUUACAGAAAUGCUGCCAGUGAAGUUCAUAAGCUUUUAUGGAAUCUGAAAAGGAAACCUUGCUUUCAUGUGACAGAAGAGUUUCUCUAUUUGAAAUAGUUUUAUUGAAUGUUAAAAUAUUUUUAAAGAGAUGGAUCAAGUACACCAGCCACUUGAAAGAACACCGAAGUGUGCUCCAGAUGCUGCUACGGAGGGUGAUGCUUGAUCAACCGUUCAGAAAAAGGGCUUGAAGUUGAAAUUAGUUCCUGUCCCUGGUUGUCCUUUGGGUAAUCUUGUCCCCUGGUGACAAAUGGGCAAAAAAUGCUGUGGAAGACAACGUUUCAAAGCCUCUUUUUUGAAUGGCUGGCUUACAACUUGAUGCCUUUUAAAAACCUUUUUAUUGUAAAAGCUGCUAUGUGUCUGUGUAUUCAUUUUUAAUAAAAAUGCUGUCUAAGACAGCUGGUUUUAUGUAUACUUUUAUUUUUCUUUUAAUUAUGAUCAGCUAAGGUUUUUUCAGACUGUGACCACUAAUAGUCUGGGAGUUGGGGAUGAAUAGUGUGGUAACUAUUGCUUUAUUUAUUUUCUGCUAUUGGCUUAUCAAUUGAAACUUUUGUUUUGGAUACUAAGGUAAAAUUGUCAUGUUGGGCUACUUGGAUUUCCCCUAGUCAGACGUAGGAGGCUAGGGAGGGGAUAAUAAACAUGACAAAUAUAUGGGGAAUCCUUCCACAACACACUUGUAAUCAUCAGCAUAUUGGGAAAUUCUUGAAUCAUUGUCUGGCUUGUUACCCUUUCGUGAUGGUUAGUGAGAGGUGAUCAGCAGGAAGAGUCUACCUCUUAUAAUCAUUUAAACAUGGGGAUUUUGGCAUAGUAUCUGUGAAAAUAAUCAUAAUCAUCUGUGCAAAAUGAAAUUCUGGAGAGCUGUGUGCCUUUUUUACAGGAAGGUCCUUGACCUUUGCAAUGUCUGAGAACCUCAGAAGUCCUAGCAGGACAUUCUCUGGAAAGCCAUGGUUCUGGAGAAGAGGGGAAUACAGAAAUAAAUGAUAGCCUGUUUUUUCUUGUUGUGUUUACUUUGAAGGACUGUUCAACAACACUUAAAGCUGUUAUGAGACUGCCAGGAUUCAUCAUGACCUGCUGCAGAUAACUUAAAUGCUACAACACUUAAUACUUCAGGAAGCUCCUACUCUGUCGUGGGUUAGUUUUUCUAAACAUUAGUUCCCAGCAAGGCUGCUUAUUAUUAUUUUUUUGUUAUUCUCCUUUUUGCUCUUCCCUGACCCAGUAUUCUGAUAAAUGUUAAAGCUUUAAUGUAAUAAAAAUGCCUAUGGUAACUAACGGUAAGCAAA